CCUACACUCCUGCGUCUUCCUCCUCUCCGCCGCCGCCGCCGACGAGCACAACCGCACACGAGACGACGUCACCCACAACCGCACGCGCAGAUCCGAGAGGCGAGAGCGAGAGCGAGGUGGGAAUGGCAGGGAGGCUGACCGCGGCGGGAUCCCGCGUCCUGGGCGGCCAGGGCGCCGCUGCCCGCGCCGCGGUGUCCGCGCUCCGCCACCGCGCCGGCAUGGGCCUCCCCGUCGGCAGGCACAUCGUCCCCGACAAGCCCCUGCCGACGAACGACGAGCUGGUGUGGGACAACGGCACGCCCUUCCCGGAGCCCUGCAUCGACCGCCUCGCGCCGCACAUCGGCAAGUACGAGGCGCUGGCCUGGCUUUGCGGUGGGCUCGGAUUCUUCGCUACUCUUGGCUUGGCUGCCACCUUGAACGACAAGGCCUCCAAGAUCCCCUAUACUCCAAAAGUCUACCCAUUUGACAAUUUGAGAGAGGAACUUGGUGAUAGACCAUAGAAGAAGACCCCACUUCCUCAAGUGAUGUGAUGGACUGAAUUCUCUUGCCUUCUUUAAUCAGAGAAAAAAACAGGACAAUUCCAAUGUUCCUGAUGGUUGUCUUUGUUGUCGCUGUAUUUUUAUAAGUUACAAUCUUGUGAUUUGCUGAAUCCUGCCAAGCAUGGCUUUGUUCUAUAAUAAUGCGAUGAGUGUCUUUGAGCAACUAUUGCACAUGCUAAGGAAUUGACUCUUGACGAUUUAAAGUUAGAAUUUUCAAGUGCCUA